AUGAAAGUAAUUGGCUCUAGCCUCUACGCUACCAUUUUCCAGGUGACCCCACUCCCUAUUUUGUGAUGGGUGACUCUCCCAUUAGUAGACUUUGUGGUUCUUGGAAAAAACCAAAGUAGAAUCCCCAAAGCCUGAAAUCUGCCCACACCUAGCCUAUAUGAUUCCUUGAGUCUCUCUCAUUCUGUGACACCAGCAGAACUUAUUUGGGACUAUACAUUAUAUAACAUAUACAUAACCAUAUAUUUCUACUUUUGUCCCAAUAAAUUCCUGUGUCUGAGAAACGUUUUUCUGUACCUUGUUUUCUAAAGCUCUGAAUGCUUCCUCCUUCUGAAUUUUCUUAUCUAACUGCAUGUCACUCCAUUCAUAAAGCUAGGUAAGAGUCUAGGAGUGAGCGCAUUCUGUUGUUUGCAGGAUGUGCUUACACAACAGACCCUGCUUCACAUUUCUUUGUGCUUCCACUCCUGCCUCAGCAUCAUCCACUUCCCGUUUAACUUCCUCCCUUCUGCCUUUAACCAGGUCACUUUAGCAACACCCCACCUUUGUCCACACCCUUCUUCAAAUAAAAAAGGGCAAUUGCCACUUUCUCUCUGGUGGAGUCAGUUGGAAAUGUUUUAGGAAGAAAUGCGCCAUUGCAGGUUGGGGAGUUCUAUGCUGAGUGGGUAAAACACUGUUGCACAGGUCAAAUCAUGGCAGAACACUGCCUUGGAGUGUUUUCUGCUAAACUCUGCCUAUGAAGCUUUAUGCCGCACCUUUCAAAAAACUUUCAACGUUCAUUUAUGCUGGCUCCGAAUCAUGUGUUUCUAUUUCUUUGCAAUUUCCUGAGCGCUUUCCCCCUCUGGCAUCACCACACCUGGAUAAUACUGUAAAUAAUAGUGUCAGUUUAAGUAGCCAAUUUAAAACUGGGCCACCAUAUGCAAAAAAUGUAUGGAACUUAAGUAGCACUGCUUUGUGCCUUUAGUCUUUUGGAUACACAAUACAACAACUUGAGACUUGCAGAAGGUUCUUUUUAGACUGCAGGUGACUGGUUGUGGAUGGCAUUAAGCGCUAUUUCCAUAUUACUACUUUUUCUAAUGUGUUAUAUUAAUAUUGCAAUAAGGAAAUGUUUUAACAUCAGAACUAGGUUAGAUUAAUGCCGCAAAAUAUAAAAUCAGUCUAAAGUUUGUAAUACUAUACAGGCAUCCUUGGAAUUGGCUUUUGAGCAUUUGUGUGUACAUGUACACAUGUGCGUCUGAUAGUGGCUGUUCAUGGCUAAAAUGGAGUGGUUACACAGAUGGCUUCUGGAAAAUGCUGCAGACCUUUUCAGAAAGAUUGCCCAGGACAAGUCCAUGAGGUAAAGAACAAUCAAUCCUCAGAGAGGUCUGACUUGCUCUGAUCUGGCUGAAUAAUGGUCACAAUCCAUAAAACUAUGGCCCAUUUUUGCCCAUGGACGAGAUACCUUAGAAUGGCCAGGCAUCCUCCUGCACAGCUAGGCUGCUUCUACCUCUCCUCCUCACCAUUAAGGGAUUCCAGAGCAGAUUUGUGGGGAGGGGAAUGGGGAGAAAGGGAAACCGAACUCUUGUGCAAUUUAUGGGUUCUAGCCAACUAAGUUCUAUUCAGAAUAGACCCAUUGAAAUCAAUGGACCUAAGCGAGUCAAUGCCAUUUAUUUCACUGUGCUUCCUUGAGCAGAGCUAAUGUUGGGUGCAACCUUACGUCUUUUCUUGGUGUUAGUUGCAAUGAAACAAGAGGCACAUUCUUGCUUCCUCCUUAGGUAAACACUCAUGAUGGACUUCAGAUUUCCUUUGUAAUAUGAGGAUUUAAGUCAAUAAAGCUAGUGAGAUCAUAGCUGACCAAGGAUAGAAUCAUAGAAUCAUAGAGUUGGAAGAGACCACAAGGGCCAUCGAGUCCAACCCCCUGGCAAGCAGGAAACACCAUCAUAAUAACACAGGCUUGGAUUUCCUCCUCAUUUUUUUUUUAUAAGUUAAAAAACCCCCCACAUUGAUUGGAAAGCCACUUUAGAAUUGGUUACUGCCUUCAGCAAAGCCAGCUGUCUUUCUGUCAAAUAAAGUAAGAACCCAUAUAGUAUCAAGCGAUUUAUUACACAGGAUCUUGACACUAGAGUCACAAGUCUGUCGAUUACAUUUCUUCCUCUUUAGUUCAUAGCUGCUAUUUCUGGAAGUGAUCUGGUCACAUACACCCUGCUGGAAGAGAUGCUAUCUUUCCUUGGAUCAAGACAGGCUUUGGGUCAUUUUCCAAGAAUGAUACGUGUGUAUAUUUCAGAGAGUGAAUUGAAAAAAGGAAUUCUACAGCAGUCAGGGGUUGUGACACAGCAAACAAAGUUGAAGACAGCAUACCAGUCAUAUUUCUAGUCAAAUUAGAGGGAGCUUAUUUAUAAACCCCUUACUCCUAACUGGAAUCAAGUUACAUCUGGCUAAGUUGGAUGGUGAUUCCUUUCCCAGGUGCUCUGGGAAAGCUGACAGAGUGAGUAAGCACUUGCUGCAGGUCCUUGGGAUGUGAUGCUUUUCCAGUGAAGAUGUCCUUGUAUAUUAUUUUGCUACAGUAAGUUCAAAGUUAUUGUUAUCAGGAGGAGAUGAGUAAAAUAUGAUCUGUGGUUACAGGGCUUGCCAAAAGAGAGGAAUUGGUUAUAGCAAGAUGAAAUGCACGAUUCAAAUUUGGAAUCUUUGGUCUGGACUGUACUAUUAAGAAGAGGGAAACAUCUAGUGAAUGUGAACUAUUAGGCUUUCAUACAAGCAGAAUGAAAGAAAAGAAAUUAUUUUAGAAAUGAUAAUUUCCAAACGGAUAAUUAAUGAUAAUUAGUUGACUGACCUCACUUGUAGAUAUUGUAAAUGUUAAAUAUUGUACAUGCAGGACUUGGAAAGUGGAUAGCUGAUGGUUAAGGAUAAUACGUUUUUAAAAAAACACUAUUGUAAUAUAAGGUUAAUUGUAAGAGAUGGAAUGUGAAUUAGAGAUAAUUAGGGCAGCAACAAGAAGAACCUUCGGACACAUCAAGAACGGAACAUGGGAAACCACUUUUUGGAAAAUUUGUAUUAAAUUUGUUUUAAUAUGGCUGAUUUGGUAAAAAAUUGGAAAAAUCAAUAAAAAUGAUUCAGAAUUUUUGGUGCCAGGAUAUCCAUUUUGCUUCCUCACAUGAUCCAGAAUGAAGCCUGGCACUAGGUAAGCUGGCUUCAAAUCAGGAGAGAAUCACAGUCUCCUACAGUAAUAAAUAACAGUGUUAUAUCCCAAACAAACAAGAGGUCCUGUGAGGUUUAAUAUACCAUGGGCUUUUUCUUGAUACAACCUCCUAGCCUUGAUUGCUUAACUCCACACAAGCACUUGGCUGGGUUAGUCUGCUAGCACUAUUAUUUAAUUGUGGUCAGAAACAAAAUGGAUCCAACUGUGUCAUGGGCAUAGCCAGGAUUUAUGUUGGGGAUGGGGACAGAACCUUAAAAAAGGUAUUUUUAUUUAUUUCCUUGAUGGGGGGCAGCUGCCCCCAUCCCCACCUGGCUAUGCUCAUAUUUUGAUGUCGUACUGAUUUGUUGCCUUUUCUUGGACAGCAUUUAGAUGCACACAGGUUGCCCUCUAGGCAUCAAGGUAAAGGUCAGUCGACUGGCACUUAGGGGUAGAGGUAGGGAAGGUGGGGAUGUUAACAGUUUGUCACAAGGUCUUCCCUGCAUUUCAACUAUCCUUGAGUAAAGCAUGGCAAACUGUAGCACCAGAGUCUCGCUUUGAAAGAAAGUACAAUAACAUACCCACCCAAGUAAAGUCCUUCCAAUAACAAAAACUUGCAGUGUAUAUUUCACUGUUUAUUCAGAUCAAGGCUUAACCUGUUAGCAUCCUGACCACCCUCCCCCUUAAGUUGCAGUAGCACAAAGUGUUACAUUACAUUACAUCCCACUCUGCUAGUUGUUAGUCUUGCCCAAUGAAAAACAAAAAUUGCUUAUAUGGAGACUUGGCUGAAGACAAAAUUUCCUUAGGACAAAAACCAACAGUGAAAACUUCCAUUUGCAUGAUAGGCUGGUAGGCAGCUGAAAUCCUGGAGCCCCUUGCUGAUUUUGUUCUUCUUCCUGGCUUGCAAAUCUUUAAGAAAUCAAUGUGUUAUGCAAUGUAUCAACCUUGAUUAAGUGAAUCAAGAAGAGAAGAGAAAGUAAGCAGGGAGGUGAAGAAAUUUUCAAAAUGCAAGCUGUCAGCAAUAUGAAAACUAAACAUUGUUGACGGGCAUAAAAUAUAGCACAUAUUGCUUUUUGGAGGAAAAAAAAGUAGCAUGGGCAUGGUAUGAUAAAUUUUCAAGGGUGAGGUUGUGGGUGUAAAAGUUUGUGGUCUUGACUCGUAACUAGAGUGGAUGUCAUUUCACAUCUAGGAUAAUCACAUUUCCAAAGGUAGGAUCAUAGAACUUGAAAUAUACUCCAAGUCCUGUAGUGCUUUCAUGCUCUUUAUCGCAGCUUGUAAAACAGUGAUUGAAUUGGCCCCCAAACCUCAGGCUUUUAUAUACAUUAUUUACACAAUGAGUCCCGUCUGAUUGGCUGAGUCUGCUUCCCUCCUGGAGCCUGAUUUGUCUUUUCCUGCAGGCCAAUCAGUUGUUGCAUUCUACAUCCUACCAGCCUACUAGGCUGAUUAACUUCCUCAUGGAGCCUGAUUGGUCUUUUCCUGCAAGCCAAACCGUUGUUGCAUUUUAGGAUCCUACUUGCCUAUUAUUCUAGUAACCAAGCUUAGUACAUAACAGAACUGUAGAGUUGGAAGGUACGACAAGGGUCACCGAGUUCAACUCUGGCCUGCAAUGCAAUGCAAUACCUCAUGGUCCCAACUUUUGCCUUGCUCUGUUCCCUUACUCCUUGCAAUGGGUUUACCUUAAUUAAGCUCAUGGCUUGCUCAAGAGACAAUUCAUAGACAAUUUACGCUGGCCUUCUUAGCCACACCCUAGAUGCCCAAGUCCCCUGAUUUAGGCGGUUUCUGGAUUCUUCUGCACGGGUGUGAUUUUUGUCAUGACAAUUAAGCACAGCCUUUGAACUAAUUUUUAGCUUUCCCAUGACUUCACAGGCCAGAGCUUGAGAAGCAAGCGGGAAUCCAAAUUAGGGUGCGUGGGAUCAGUGUUUAUGUAUAACAUCUUUUGGACUAUGAGUAACCAACGGCCUAAGCCGUGUUUCUGGCAUACCCGCUGCCAUGGAGAGCUCGCCUGCUCUCCCAACGCAACACAGCCUUCCUAUUGCGUCUGCCAUCCGGAAUCGAGAGAGAAAAAACCCCACACAAAAAAGAGGGAGCCAGCCCGUUUCAGAAUGUUUUGCGCAUGUGCACAGACUUCUCCCCACCCGGCCUGCCCUUGCGCGCGUGCGCCGUUUCCUCCCGCGACCGGCAGGGCAUUCCUUGGGCAUGCGCUGGCCCGGCCUUUUAAAGUCUUUAACCCUUGAGGGGCGGCAGCUGGCCGGCGAGCUUCUCCGCGCUCCCUCGCUCGCCCUUCCUCCCCGUGGCUAAGCGGGAGCCGCGUCCGACGGGGCGGGAGAGGGCCGCGGCGUGGCAAGCGCGGAGGCGGGCGGAGCGGGGAAGCGCUCGCUUCCGAGGAGCGGCCGGCGCCGGGAAGCCUGCUGGGGGGAAGCCCUGUCCCUCGGGGGGCCUCCCAGCUUCUUCGGAGCCCGAAGGGAUGGGUGAGUUAAGAGCCGCUCGUUAUUGGUGGAGGAAAGGAACUCUUCACAUGCUCAGAGGCGUUCUGCAAUGAUGAUCCUGUGUCUUGGGGGUUUCACCUGAGCUCUGCCAGAAAGUACUUUCUGGACCUCCCCGGGGAUGAGCGUGGGAAACAGGAUGGGCGCAGGGAUAGGGACCGUCUAUAGAGCAGAUAAUUGUUUUCUUUCAUUCUUUCUUCCAGGAAUGGGGAAAGUGGGAGGGGAGGAGUCCUCCCUGAUGAGGCGAUACGUAAAGUGGCACAACAAAUAGGAGGAGUAAUUGGAUAGAGUAGAGGUGCUCCUCCACCCCCCCCCCACCAUGUUGGUUUUGUGGUUAGCAGUGCACUCUGCGCGUCCCCAGUUUCCUUUUGGAGUGGUAGAAUGUGUGACUUCGCUUUAUGAGUUGUAAGGUAAUGCAGGAGCUGGAAGGACUUUUGAACUCGAGGCAUCAGAAAGACAUUUCCAACUUGUCAAACUCACAAUGAGAUUUGAGGUUUGGUUUUGUAGGCGGCUGUUACUGUGCCUGCGCUAAGCUGAAUAAUACUAGAUAAGGUACAAGGAGAUAAAAGAGUAUCUAUUUAGUGGGCUAACACAUUGAGCUGAGAGAAUAAGAAUAUUUGAGGUUUUUAGAGAAAGUCUUUUCUAGCCCGCAGAGUCUGCUUUGUAGUGCUCUUCUGGGAGUACAGGAAUUUGUCAAGGGUUGUAUGUAAGCUUUGUUGCAGCCUAGGGUUGUUGCAGCCUAGGAGCAGUAGCCAUGCUAGAGAGCUGAAGCACCCUGCACACAGGUAUUGGGAGCACUAAGUCAUGGUUCCUUUGCCCUCAAAGUUUAGAUGUAAGAAUUGCCUCACUGGAUUACAUCAUGGUCCCUCUAGUUCUGCAAUCUGUUGCUUCUGAAAUCUUGCCAGGAAAAUGUGAAAGUAAGUGUUGGCCUUCCCUGUAUAUUGCUACAGCUAGCAGCUGUAGAUGUGUCCUCUCCUUAGGACAGUGAUAGGGAACCUGCAGUACUCCAAAUGUUGGACUAUAAUUCCCAUCACCCCAGACCAUUUACAAAGCUGGUGGGGCUGGUGGAGUCCACAACAACAUCUGGAGAGCCACAUAUUUUCCAUCCUGCUCUCAUAGGAGUUCACCUGCUCAUUCCUCUGAACGGAGACUCUAUGAAAAUUGGAUUCAACAGAUCUUGGGGUUUUGUUUUGUUCUUUGAGAAAAUAGUCCUGUGGAGAUUAACUUUCCAAUUCACACAAUUUCUUUACACAAUCAUUCAGUGCCUUUGCUGGGGUUAUAAUUUUUUUCACCUUCUAAAUAGUGGUGAUGCUGCGCAUUCCUAUGUUUGCAUUCAAAUGCUGUUUUAUACUUCGUAUGCGUGUAUUUAUUACUACUACUACUAUUAAUACCAGGCCCUCUGUGUAUUUCUUAAACAGAAAAAUUUGGCUGACAUGCAAUAACAUCUCGUCCAUUGCCUGAAAAUAGAGCAUCAAUUGAUGUAGUCAAGGCCCUCCUUUUCUUGUCAAUGAAACUACAGUAGACAUUCUUGGAGAUAGUUCUGUAUUUGGUCCUGGAAAUGGCAUAGCUCCUUGUAGUUGUGCAUUUGUUCUGCACUACACACAGGGCCGGAUUUAGGUUUGAAGAGGCCCUAAGCUACUGAAGGUAAUGGGGCCCUUUAUAUGUCCAGCUGUCCUUUGUCAACAAUAAAUUGUCAGUGUUUUUUGUGUUGAUUAUGUGCUAUAUGGUAAUUUAUGGACCUAAUAGGUACCUAAAGCCAUUUGCACAUAACAAAAUAUGUAUUUUAUCAAAGUAAUUGAUAUAGAAAUGAGCAAACCAGUGAUAUGGGCGGGGUCCAUUACUUACAUCAUAGGAGCCUACACAACACAUAACACUGUUGCUGUGUGUAGGUUUUAUUUUAUUUGUUUUUUAUCUUAUAUUUUGGAAAUGUACAUCCAGGUUUUUUUUCCUUUUAAUUUUUUGGCCCCCCCAAGAGAGUGGGGCCCUAAGCUAUAGCUUGUUUAGCUUAUAUGUAAAUCCAGCACUGACUACAUGGCCAACUAAUGUUGACAGAUAUUGUGGGCUAUUCUUAUUUUCUAGGGUGCAUACUUGAAUCCUUAUUUGGGGGCAAUGCCUUUUCAAGUACUAAGCUCCAUUGAACAUAGUGGGACUUACUUCAGAGUGAACAUGCACAGGAUUAUUGGUAUUGAAGGACAAAGUACAGUGGUACCUCGGGUUAAGUACUUAAUUCGUUCCGGAGGUCCGUACUUAACCUGAAACUGUUCUUAACCUGAAGCACCACUUUAGCUAAUGGGGCCUGCCGCUGCUGCCGCGCCGCUGGAGCACGAUUUCUGUUCUCAUCCUGAAGCAAAGUUCUUAACCUGAAGCACUGUUUCUGGGUUAGCGGAGUCUGUAACCUGAAGCGUAUGUAACCUGAAGCGUAUGUAACCCGAGGUACCACUGUAUUUGUUUUUGUUUUUAAAUUGUGUAUCUGUUUGCUGCCUUGGACUCCUUUGGGGAGGAAGGGGAGGAUAUAUAAAUUCAAUAAAUAAAUAAAUAAGGAAGAACCUUAAAGCAUAGUUAAAAAAAGAAGAAGCUUGUGUUAAAACAGUCAUAAUUAAUUUCAGAAGGAUUGCGUAGAAGACUUCUCUUACCCCAGGACUGGAUUUUCUUUUUUUAGGCCUGGGAUUUUAAUGUGUUUAGAGGGUUAAUGGGGACUCAAAGGUAGUAUAAUGAUAAAGUGCUGGGAGUGAAACAUAUGCUGUGGACAUCUUAAUGAUUGAAGUAUAGGACCUUAUCUUGUAUAAAUUUGGCUACCUCUAUUUGCUCUGUAACAAUAAACCAGUUAUUUCUGAUCUUAUGAUGCAACCCAUCUAAUAAUUUUAAGUCAGUCUUGAGUGGGUUCUGAUGAGAUCCUGUCAGUUCCUCUCAUGAGAGGUUAUUACCCUUUGUAGCUUGGACAUUUAAAUCAGGUAGGUGGCAAGUGUUACUUUAAAAUGGCUUGUGGAUCGACUUGCAAGUCCUGUGAUUGUCCCAUAAAGAGAUGGUGUACAGAACUCUGAGAAUCUCAGCAAUAUUAUGCCUGUUUUGCAGGUCAGGGAUAAUUUUGCUACUUUCAGUCUUUCCACACAUGAGUCAAAAUAAUAUUUUGGAACGGAAGAUCUUCCCUUGUUUUGUUGAGGUAAAAUGUGAAGAGCCUCUCAUUAAUUCUUCAUGUUCAUGAGCUGUUAAUUAAUUAAAUGUGUAUCCUGCACUUCCUUCCAAAGGGAGUCUAGAUUUCUUGAUACAGUCAUGUCCAAUAAUGUAUAUACUGUGUACCAUAUUUUUUACUCUAUAAGACUCACUUUUUCCCUCCUAAAAAGUAAGGGGAAAUGUGUGUGCAUCCUAUGGAGCGAAUGCAGGCUGCGCAGCUAUCACAGAAGCCAGAACAGCAAGGGGGAUCGCUGCUUUCGCUGCGCAGUGAUCACUCUUGCUGUUCUGGCUUCUGGGAUUCAGAAUAUUUUUUUUCUUGUUUUCCUCCUCCAAAAACUAGGUGCAUCUUAUGGUCUGGUGCGUCUCAUAGAGCAAAAAAUACGGUAUUUAAAAAUAGCUAUGAUAUGGCUUUAGGAGGAGGUUUUGUCUUAAACAUGCCGCUGACUAUUUCAUCUUUCUAGAAAUGAGGUCUCCAAAGUUGGAAGAAUCCUAACAUAUUGUGGAGGUUUAGAAACUGGGUUCCUAACCACACCUGUCUUUCUCCCCCCAAGGGCUUCAAGUUGACAUCUGCAGGGAUGGAUGAGUGAGCCAUUGUUCAGUGCCUCUAUUCUGAGUACUGAAUCUGUCUAUAACAUGCUUUAAAAACCACCCAUGUUGGAAAAUCCACUAAGAAUUCUUUUUAAAAAUCUUUUUAUUCUAGAUUCCGUAGGCAGAUGCAAUGGCUAAAAGGCAGCCAAUAAAUAUAAUUAAUAACUGGCAGGACAGUCCAAUCCCUGGAUAGGCAGCAACGGAGGCAGUUCUGCAUUUGCAGCCCCAUUGCUCGUGCUGCCAAAAGGCAGUGGCGGCAGGCAAAUCACCACAGAGUGACUGCAAUGGAACUGGGUUCAGAUCCAGAUCCUGGCUCAGCUGUUUUCCCUCCCUGCUCCCAUAAUGUCCUGGUUUGAGGUUUCUUGCAGGCUAGCACCAGUGGGGUAUUCUGAUAGUGGUCCUUCCAUCCGCCUGUUUGGUGGACAGAAGGGGAACAUUCACCCAAUCCAAACCCUCUUUCCCUGCCCUCUAGCCCAGGGCAAAAGGAGUUUGGAUUGCAGCAUAAAUAAUGCAGCCUGUUGCUGUGCUCCAGCAUUCCUACAUUUAGAAAGUAGUUCCUAAUACCCUGCCUAAAUCUUUGGAUGCAGUUUGAGCACAUUCUUUCUUGUCAUCUGUUUUAACCAAUAAAAACCAUUCCCACGCUUCUCAAGGCAAAAAAUGCUUCUGAAGACUCUUAGUUGUAUUUUCUCCAUUCUUAGCUCUUUUGGUAUUUCUCUGCAUGUCUUAAUUUUUCAUGUUUGUUAUUCUUACAUCCAGCUGCUUCAUAUCUUUAAGCAUGUUGACCAGAACUGAAUGUACUCCUCUUGCCAUUGCCUUGCCAAUACAAAAUAAAUUCCAGCGUCAUACAUAGUACCAUAUCAUUGCAAUCCAACAUAGCAUUACCUUUCUUUGCAGUGGCACUACAGUACAUUGCUGAGUCAUAUUUAUCUUGUCAUUAGCUUCAAUUCUCGGCUCUUGAAACUCAUACCACCUUAGUGCUACACUGUGUCUCCAUCAGCACCAUACAUUUAAAGCAGUAUCAUGAGCAGUCAUAGCUUCCCCUAAAGUAUCCUGGGAACUGUAGUUUGUUAAGGGUCUUGGGAGUUCCCUAUUUCCCUCACCAGAUUUGUUCCUAGAGUGAUUUAACAGUCAAUCUCUCUUUCUGGGGAAUGCUGGGAAUUGUAGACCUGUGGGGAGGAAUGGGGCUUCCUAACACCUCACAGCACCCGUAACAAGCUUCAGUUCUGAAGGGAACUUUGGGGGAAGCCUUGACUGUUUAAAGGGGUAUGAUAUUGUUUUAAUUGUGUGGAUGGGACUUGUAUCCCAAUAUCCAAUCUGCUUAUCUCUUCCAUAGGUUUGGUAAUUGGGGAAUAAUCCACAAAACACUUUUCAGAUUGCCAGACAGUCAAUACGUUGACCAAAAUGCCUUGCAGCAGGGUAACUCUGAGCCUGAUGGCAGAGGCAGCUUUUCCAAGAAGAGGCGUAGAUAAUCAGUGGCUGCACUUUAGAUGCAAGUACUGGAAGUACUGGUUCCAUUUUGCAUUGUAUGCAACACUGUGAGCAGCUUAGAAAAGGUGAACUUGCCCCUCACCAGCUGAGUGGGAGAGUGACUCACAGCAUUGCAGGAGGAGCCCAAUAGAGUUUCAGGGAAGACAAGCUUUGUUCUUCUCAGAAGUUAGGGAGAUUUUAUGGGGUAGUGUAGAGCACUUUUUUACCCUGCCCCCAACCUAUCAUUUUUAUUUCCUCCCUCCUUGCUUACUCCUGAGAGAGAGAGAGAGAGAGAAAGAGAUGAAGGAAGGGAGGAAGCAAAUCCUUGCACGCCUUCUGUUUGGUCCUUAGUUUCAAAGAGUGGACCUUUCAGAGUCAUUUUCUUCCUAACCCUCCACAGGAUAUUUGGAGAGCAAUUGGGAGUCUUCUGGGAGGAGGAGGGGAAAAAACCAUUUGCACAACAUUGGAUCUUGCCCAAUGUAACUUUUAUAAAAGCUUCACUCUUAAAUCUCAAUGGAUAAAGUUGUCAAUAAUUAUAAACUAAUAACCACAGAUUACAGGUUAUAUAUAAAUUUUUAAUUUAUUAGCUAAGACUGUAUGGAAGCAAAUGCAUUAAACAGAUAGAUUGCUUCUAUUAAAUAAUAGUUGGUGACUCAGCCCAGUCACAGUUCUAGGCUCUCUAUAUAGAAAGAAAUACCAUAUUUUUCGCUCCAUAGGACACACUUUUUCCCUCUUAAAAACUAAGGGGAAAAGUCUGUGCGUCCUAUGGAGCGAAUGCAGGGGGGAGGCUGGCAGGAAAAGCCCCCAAGAGCAGCACACAAGCUUCGCGCGGCUCUUGCGGGCUUUUCCUCAGGAGGGAGAAGGGACUGACGCGGCCAGUCAGUCCCUUCUCCCUCCUCGUAGAAAAGCCCACAGGAGCCGUGCGCUCCUUAAAGGGUGUGUGGCUCCUGUGGGCUUUUGCGGGAGAUGGGGGAAUGGCCAUAGCCACGCGCAGCCUCUCCAGCCAGGAGAGGCUGCGCAAGGCUAAAGAAGCCAAGGCAGCGAGUGCGAUCCAUCCCGCUUGCUGCCUUGGCUUCCUCUUUAGCCUUGCGCAGCCUCUCCAGCCGGGGGAUGGAUUGCGCUCGCUGCCUUGGCUUCUUUAGGUUUAGCUCCCGGCUGGAGAGGUUGCGCGGCUAUGGCAGAAGCUUCCCCCAACCCGGGCUUCCCCCGCAGCCCCGAGAAGCUUUUUCCCCCUUGAUUUCCCCCUCUAAAAACUAGGUGUGUCUUGUGGUCCGGUGCGUCCUAUAGAGCGAAAAAUACGGUAUAUUCAUUCACUUUCACUGUUAUCUCUCUGAGGCUUCUUACAUUGCAUUUGUUUUACUACUAAGAAUACAAAAGUAACCUAGCUUGUUUUUGCGAAUUUUGUUGUAUUGGUCUACUUUGUUCCUCCUAACAUACAGCAUUUUUAUUGAUUAUUUAUUUUUUGCUUUAUUUCUGUUUAUUUCUAGGAGCAUGUUGUCAGUUUGUACUCCACCCUUACUGGGAGGAUAUAGAGUAUAUCUAAAAUGAGGUUUAUAAACUAAAUAGCUCAUUCCUUAUGUUGAACACAAAUCUCCAGGCAGUGUGAGGUUUUGCAGUUGUAGACUCUGUCACUCUCUUUUCCUGGACCUCAAAGGUAUAUGUGGUGUGAGAGGCGGGCUAGGAGCUUCUUUUUGUUGACUACAUGGCAAAUUCAGACUGUCAUUCUUGGGCUAAACUUCCCUGGGAAUUAGUCUUUUUGGUUUUCGGGACAAUGUGUGCAAAGAAAAUUUUUUCAUGCUGGUGAGUAAAUCUUCAAUCAGGGAUUGCAGUGAUUAAAUAUGAUACAUGUAUGAGUGAAUGGUUGCUUGGAGGGUAGAUGAGGAGGAAGAGAAUGUGACGUAUAUAUAACAAGAUAUAACAAAUUUAAUGUCACACUGCCAAAUAAUUUGUGGGUUCUCUUGAGAAAAGAGAUGCCUACAAAUGCGUAUAAUCAAAACAUACUUUCCCUAGAAAAAUUCCAUCUUUAUAUUAGGUAAGGAGACAAACCCCAAGUUUUUGAAAUGAGAUUGGGAAGCUUAUUCAUAGAUCCUUUAAUGUCUGAAAUAACUGUUCUCGCUUGGGGAAUUGUAAAAUGUUGAUUCACAUGCUAUAUACACUAAAUGUUGGGGAGGAAAAUAACUUUUUUAAUCUGUUUAAGAAAGUUGUUGCAUUUGACCUGUAGUAUCACUCAUCUUUGCUGUGUGUGCACUCUCCCAUUAGAAAUUUGAGACUGGGGGGGAAUAUGGUGUCCAGUUCUCAAUGACAUUAUUCUCUUUAUAAACAUGAAUAGUCUAGUCUGUCUAUCUUGAGCUAUGUUUUCAUCUUUUGCUGUUCCUAAUGAAGCAAUGCUUGGAGUCAUCAUCCAUAGCUCAGUAGCAAAGAACAUGCUUGGCAUGCAGAAGAUCCCAGGUUCAUUGAAACUGCAUUGCAAAUAUACUGUCUGUUAAGAAACUAACCAAACUCAUAGCACCAGUGCAACAAUGCAGUUUGAAAAGCCAUCCAAAGGACUGUGCUUUUUGAAGGCAGGCACCUUUUCAAAGUCUGUUUAAUAAAUAGGUGGGGCAGGGUAGAUUGGGAUUGGUGAGGAGCAGAACUCAGUUCCAAGUGUGCUGGUGAUGGUUCCUCUGGACCUGUGCUCAGGAGACAAGAGGAACUUAACUUACAAAAUGGGACAGAACCUGCCAAGUUGUGAGAUUCUUACAGGCAAAAGUACAAGUGGCCAUCUUUUUCUAGUAGUAUUGAUUGUGCAUUACCGUACAUGCUGAGAACAAUUGUGCUUUUUUAAAACGUGCAGAAGAGUGCUUGAAUACACCCUUUGUUUGUUCCAUAAAUCUUAGCUUAUCAAGGGGUCGACUUUGGAAUGAUUGCCUUGUGUUUCUCUGUGUUUUGCGGAGACAGCAGAGUCACCACUUAGUCUGCCCAGAGAUCCCUUUUGCCUGAGUGUACUCCCUGCACCAAGAGAUCUCAAGUUCUACAAAAUCAAAAUCAGCAUAUAUAAAUUAAGCAAAUGUGUGUAAUUUGCGAUAUUUGGCACAAAUCUUCCAUUCUUACUAUUUCUCAUAAUGCAUUAUCCUUCUUGUUUUGGGGGUGGGCAUCUGACUACUAGAAAAUAUAGUCAGCAGCUCUUGGAUGUUACCGAGUACUGCAGACAGACUUCAGAACCAUACCAACAGAAAGAUUGCUCUUUUGAUGAAAACUAAAUUCUGUGGGUGUGCAAGACUGCAUGGCAUGCAUAUGUACAUCUAGUUCUGCAAUCUGCUGUGAACCACAUGUGUAUGGGGAAGUAUGAGUUUUUUGUCUGCCGGAACCUGCAGGUUGCUUGAAAAUUGUAGUUGCAGUGCACAGUUGUUCAUGAGAAGUACUCUGCUUUAGGGAAUUGAGAAACAGAGAGAGAAUGGAAAGGUUUACUUCUCAGAACAUAAAGUCUGCCCAGUCAAGAUCAAAUGGCAUCAUUAACUUUCUGUCCUUGGGAAACCCUGAGUGCUACCCCCAUAAACAUUAUCCACCCCUUGCCCUUAUAUAAUCUUCACCAAAUGAAGAGUCUCUUUAAUGGACUGCUAGGAGUUAGUGUUCCCAUUUAAUGAACCUUCCCUGAGUUCAGUUUGCCCUCCUGGAAACAUGCAACUUUGGCAAAUGUGCCUCUGGUGAACUAGUUUAUUAAGGAGUUGGAUUAGAACUAGGACUAGGAGGUAGUAAAUGUCUCCAGUUGCCCUAUUUAUUUUAUUUAUAGUGCCAUGCAGAGUUUCAUGUGGAAAAACAGAUACUUCUCUCCUAGGAAUUUGGCUUAAGAUACACAAUGGGGAAAACAAAGGGAAGGAGCAAGGAAUAUGCACAAAUGCAAAUGAUUGGGCAUCAAGAGAGAAGUGUUAAUUCUGUCUUCUGAGUUUGCCUAGCGUGUAUAUGCAUGUAUUAAUUCUGCAGCUGCAAAUAAGGGAUAAGCUUUCUUUUGUAUGUGCAAAUGGGUAACCUCUGUUGCUGAGGGUUUGCCUUUUGUUAUAUCUCCCUGUACUGUAUAGUGCAUAGUGGGUAUUUUCUAGGCGCUAACCUGCAAAACUAAAUAGGGUUUUGUUACUUUCAGUCACAAAGCCAACCUUCACUGAGCUCGCUUGUGGGUGAAACGUGUUGCCAGGCUACACCAACCAUCUUUUCAGCGAAACCAAUCCAGCAUAAACCAGGUAUCUUGCUUUGAAUAUUAAACUGCUGUGCUUAUAUUUAUCCCUGUGGUACACUUGUCCUUAGAAUAUUCAAAAGGACAAAAUUAUCCAUGGUUGCCUACCGAGCAGGUGGGCGGCAAUAUACCCUUUGCUCUGACCAUUGUAGACUUGCUUAUCUAUAUGGAUAAAUAUAGGCUAGCUACGUAUAUACUGCUGACCUACUUAACUGAGCAUUAGCGGUUAAGCAAUAAUUCAUAGAAUAUUAGAAUUGUAGAGUUGGAAGGGACCCCGAGGGUCCUCUAGUCCAACCCCCUGCAAUUCAGGAAUCUCAACUAAAGCAUCCAUGACAGAUGGCCACCCAAUCUCUGCUUAAAAACCUCCAAGGAAGUAGGGUCCGCCACCUCCUGAGGGAGUCCGUUCCACUGCCAGACAGCUCUUGCUGUUGGAAAGCUCUUCCUGAUGUUUAGUUCUCCUUUCUGGUAACUCAAUUCCUUCAUCCAGGUUGUUUAUAAAGAACAUUGAAAAACUGUGGGCCCAGGACAGAACCCAGCGGCGCCCCACCUGCCACCUAUUUCCAGGAAGACGAGGAACCAUUAAUGAGUACUCCUUGGGUUCAUUCAGUCAACGAGAUACAAAUCCACCUAACAGUUAUCUCAUCCAACCCACAUUUUACCAGUUUUUCUGCAAGAAUAUCAUGAGGGACUUUGAACUUCUUCACUGAAUUUGCAGUUUACAGUUUUCCAAUCCUUUGUUUUACUCCCUAAAUACUGGUAUCUUAUUGGACAGUGCAGUCUAGAUUGCUCAUAGCUUUUUUUAGCCAGUUAAUUAAAUAUAAACAUUGCUAAACAUUUUUACAUUCUUAAAUAAAUAGAACACUUUCCUGCAAAUACAUCAUUUUAAUACUUGAAUAUAUCUGCUAUUCAUCAUUGAGAAAUGCUGCCUUUAAUAUUUGUUUUCUUGUUAGAUUAUAUACCAGAGCUAAAUACUGUUUCAAAAAUGAAGGCCUGAGACCCACUGCUGAUAAGUGGAAGGCCCAGAUUUAGAAGGCACAUCAAUGUUGAUUUCAGUGCACACUGUCACUAGUGUCACUGGAACCCAUGGUCGUUGUACCAUGAAUGGACAGAAAUCUGCUCGCUUUCAAUAAAAAUUGGAAGGGAGAAAUCUUCUUGAAGUUUGUCAAAUUUGGCUGCAAGAGGCUAGCAGGCUAGCAGGACUUCAAAGUCUCUUCAUUCUGAUGUUUCCAAAAUUACAAGUCUCUUCUCUUUUCUACUCCAAAGUCUCAUGAUUUGUUCGAGGUGACCAAACAAAGCUUAUAGUUGUAUUAAAACACAUUUAGUUGAACGUGGGUGGCACUGUGGGAUGCGGGUGGUGCUGUGAUCUAAACCACAGAGCCUAGGGCUUGCCGAUCAGAAGGUCGGCGGCUUGAAUCCCCACGACGGGGUGAGCUCCUGUUGUUCGGUCUCAGUUCCUGCCCACCUAGCAGUUCGAAAGCACGUCAAAGUGCAAGUGGAUAAAUAGGUACCGCUCCGGUGGGAAGGUAAACGGUGUUUCUGUGCGCUGCUCUGGUUCUCCAGAAGCGGCUCAGUCAUGCUGGCCACAUGACCUGGAAGCUGUCUGCGGACAAACACUGGCUCCCUCAGUCUAUAGAGCAAGAUGAGCGUGCAACCCCAGAGUCGUCUGCGACUGGACCUAAUGGUCAGGGGUACCAUUACCUUGACCUUAGUUGAACGUUAUCCCAAACACGUGUUCAAACUGAAAAUCCAAAUGUCAUUAUCAGUAAAUCUAGUUUGAAAACAUAAAAAGGCACCUUUUAAUGAAACAGAUCAUAGGACAAUCUAGUUCACUUUUGUCUACACUGGCUGGCAGGGGCUCUCCUGGGUUCCUGGCAGGUGUCUUUCCCAGCCCCACAUGGAGAUGACAGGGAUUAAGCCUGGGACCUCCUGCAAAGCAGAUAAGCUACAGCCCUCCCCUAUCUCUGCAUUUGUAUCACAGAAGUUGUUUAGAUUGAGCCAAUGUCUCAUAAUUACAUAGUCAUUUCGCAAAGCUGAACUUUCAUCAUUUCUCUCUUUUUAUUUUUAAAUAUAUAUUUGUAUGCUUUACAAACAGAAAAAUCACCAACACAGUUCCAGUGCAGCCAAUGAUCUAAUAUAGAGAAUUUCACCUCAUCUUCUUUUCUUCACAUAAAUUUGAUACAUCUAAUAGAUGGCAGUAUUAUAAAACAGACAAAUAAGUAACAGUGAUCAUCAUUCAAUUUUAUUAGUGUUGAAAUUUAUAAUCCUUAAUUAUUUAAAUUGCUUAACUUUCCCUAGCAAAGUAGAUGGAUUUGAUGAGUCCUGCACUAUAUUAUUCCCAUACUGAACGAAAAGCCUCGGCUUCUCUAUAAUUACAUUUCCAAAUUGUCUGCCCUGUGUACCUCUAAUUAAGUUUGUCAGCUUUCCCAUGCAUGUGAAGUCCUAAACCUUUGUUAACCAGACAUCUAAAGAGGGACAAUUAGUAUUUUUUCCAAUUUUGGCAAACUGUUAUCCUUGCUGCAGUUAACCGAUGAACCGUCAUUUCCAUACCUUCCUUUUGUACAAUAUAUUUAAGAUAGCCAAGCAGUAUUGCUUACCCCAGGUUGCUGUUUAUUAAUGCCAAGGCUGAGUUUUUGUGCACGUCCACAAGAUAUGUUAGCAUGUCUUACAAAUAUAAACUUUUCUCAAGGUUAAGAAAGUGAUUUGCUGUGAGACACUCUUGACCAUCUUGGGCAUUGGAAGAUUUGCUCAUUACAAGUAGAUGAGUGGGAUCGCUUUUAACUGUAACUGUUUUACUAAAGUGGACUUCAAACCAGCCUUCCCCAAGCGGGUGUCUUCCAAGUGUUUUGGACUACAACUCCCAUCAGUUCCAGGGAGCCUGGCCAAUGGACAUGAAUGAUGGGACUUGUAGGCCCUACAUAGGAAAGGCACCAUCAUGAAGAAAGUUGUUCUAGAGCGUAAUGAGUGUUUGUUUUUAAGGUACCAUAGGGCUCCUUAUUUUUGCUGCAGCAGACUACACCCUUUAUAAAACAGUGAACUGUAGAUUGGCUAAGAGGACUUUCAGAGGUCAUUUGUAUGCACAUGCACACAUACAAAAUGACAUUAAAACGAGCAAUGUGUGUUUUAUUCUUGCAAAGAAAGUAUCCUUAGAAAGCCUGAGGUCAUGCAAGGAUAUGUCAUGCAUUUCUGAUUGUAUACCUCAGGCUGAAUAACCUGCCAAACUAACACCUCUUGUAUGCCUGCCUGAACACAAGUUGGAGAUAUCAACAAGCCCAGUUAUUUUCUGGUGUGAAAGAAAACUCUUUAACCUCUGGUGUGUCAGACAUGGAAGAAACUGAUAGAAGUCUGGCUUGAGAAGUUAGCCAGCCAAUGGGUAGCAUAUGCUGGCUGACCCAGUGUAAAAUAGACAAAACAAAUCAAUUAUUUGUACUGUUGCGCAGGAAAUCUUAAGUUGUUUUUUCCUGGCUUGGAUAAGGUCUUAAUUUGCUACUGUUGACAUAAGGAUAAAACAAUAACAAAAAAAAUGAACCAUGAUAUGUUUUCUGUUGAGUUGAUGGAUGACAAUUCAGCCAUUAACAGUUGAGGGAAUUGGGUAUGUUUAACCUGGUAAAGAGGAGAUACAAUAGUCAUCCUUAAAUAUCUAAAGGGCUGUCACAUGAAGGAUGGAGCAAGCUUGUUUUCUCCUGGCCUGGAGGCUAGGACCCAAACCAAUGGAUUCAAGUUGCAAGAAAGGAGGUUCUGGCAAAACGUCAGGAGGAACUUUCUGACAUUAAGAGCCAUUUGACAGUGGAACAGACUCCCAUGAGAAGUGGUGGACUCUCCUUCCUUGGAGGCUUCAAAGCAGAGGUUGGAUGGCUGUCUGUCAUGAUCUGGUUGAGAUUUCUGCAUUGCAGGGGGUUGGAAUAGAGGACCCUCAGGAUCCCUUCCAAAUCUACAAUUCUGUGAUUCUAUUAAUUUUAUUUACAUAGUUUGGUUCAUUCCAGGAAAGUACUCUCCCCUUCUGCAAAUAGAAACCUUUAGACACUAGCAUGGUUUCUACAACAUAGUAGCAUUGUAAGUACAGAUUCAGAGGCUGUUAGUAGGGAUAAAAAAACCUGCGUUUUUUUUAAAAAAAGGAUAAUAUUGCAGCCCUGUAGAAUGGAUUUAUUUGGAAGUCUUAGCAAAAGCAGUGGAGAAGUCAGACUGACACUUGCUUCUAGGCUCUCUUCAUUCUGUCCAUACAUGAUGGUGCAUUUUUCUUGAGCAUUUGUUGUUUGGAAACAUACAAAUAAUGCUUAAUUACUCUGUUUUUCUACAAAUAAAUGAUGAUGAAAUAGUCUGCUAGUAUUUGUGAGGGUGAUGGAAGAUAAUACUUAAAUAUAUAUUGGAAACAUUAUUUAUUUGUUACAGUUCAUUGGAUAUAAACGGGAAAUCUUUGCAGUUCUCUUAAAUCUUUGCAGGAACAAAUUGCCCCCAAAGUACACUUGGUCAAAUAUAAGUGUUCAUACUAAUAACUCCAUUACUGUCACUUGAGACACAGGUGGCCUUGGUGGCAUGGGGUGCCUUCCAUCAGCUUAUGCUGGUUACCUAUCUAUGACCCUAUCUGGACAGGGAUAACUUGGCUGCAGUUAUCUAUGCUCUGGAACCUCAAGGUUGAAUCACUUCAAAGCAUUUUAUAUGGGGCUGUUGGAAAACUGUUUGGAGGCUUCAGUUAGUGCUGAAUGUGGUUGCCUCACUGUUGACAGGAUCAAGAGAAACAGAUUCUGUACCACCAGUUCUGUUCCACCCACUUACACAUUUCUGAACCCAAUUCACAGUGAUUGGUUCUGCUCACAAGAACUCUGGAUUCAGUCCAAGGUGUUUAAGCCAAAAAAGGCCAGGACAGUACAGUAAGGUGUGAUAUGGCCUAGUAUAGUGAUUUCUUGUUAGUAGAUUUGGCCUGAAUUCUGCUGCCUCCUUGCCUUGUUAAUACCCUUUAACAUUCUUCUCACCACCCUUAUUGUUUUGUUUCAAGCAUAACAAAGAUGGUUCUACUUUAGUUUUGAAAACUGAAAUGGUGAAGAAAUAAUACUGUUCCUAUUAAGAACAGACCAGUAACCUGCGGUAUGGAGAUCCUGCAACUGGGCACUCUUAAAACAGCAUUGGUGCUUCUGCUGAGCCAGCCUGGUACAUAAACUAAUUGCCAUAGUAUAAAAAGACAGUGCUGCUUUUCAGAGUAGAUUCUCUAUAACUACUUCUUAGCUUUUCUUUGCUUUUUAUGAUUUGGAAAAAAACAUUGUUCCUUUGGUGUAACCAAAAAUUGCUGGGUUUUAAAGACUCAAACACAGAAUGAUUAAAAACAAAAUCUGAACAUUGGAAUCUUUAAGAGCACAAUGGCAUAUUAUCUCCCUCUACAUAUACAUACGUUAACUCUAACUUUCUUCUGCUAUGUAGAGAUGGUCAUUAGCCAGCCUGUUCCCAUAUCAGACAAUGGGAAAAGAAAAAAGAAAAAAAGAACCAGAGCUACAGACCAUGUCCCUGGAAGGUUUGAAGGUCGGUCCCAUGUUCUGCAUUGCUUUUGUUUCCUCCUGAUCUUUCACAGUAGUUAAGCAGUUGCUUCAGGGUUGCUGUUUACUUCAUGGCAAAAACUCUGUUUGAGCCAUUGCAUUUCUAUAGCCCCUUUUGUGGGGGCUGCAUUAUGCCUUUGUGGUUUUGUUGUGUGGCUUCCCUCUUAGUUCUUUGCUUUCUUUGAAAGGCAGCAACGUGUUGAAAUUAUAUGUGAUGGUAUAGUUUCAUUUCAUGGGGAGUAGUCUUUCUUCUGCUGUCAUAGGAUUAUUUCAAAACAAUUUUGAGAGAAGGAAAAGUUAUCACUUGAGCCUGCAGUCCUAUGAACAUGUGUAUGAGGGUUUGCUCCCUUGAGUUCUUCAGGGCUUAUUUCUAUAUAAAUGUGCAUUGGAUUAGGUUGCACUGAGCAUGUUGAAUUCAUUGAAGCUUAAUGGGCACUCUAGAUCAGGGGUCAGCAACCUUUUUCAGCCGUAGGCCGGUCCACCGUCCCUCAGACCAUGUGGUGGGCUGGAUUAUAUUUUGAAGGGGGGGGGGGAAUGAAUGAAUUCCUAUGCCCCACAAAUACCCCAGAGAUGCAUUUUAAAUAAAAGCACACAUUCUACUAAUGUAAAAACACCAGGCAGGCCCCACAAAUAACCCAGAGAUGCAUUUUAAAUAAAAGGACACAUUCUACUCAUGUAAAAAUAUGCUGAUUCCUGGACCGUCCGUGGGCCGGAUUGAGAAGGCGAUUGGGCCGCAUCCGGCCCACAGGCCUUAGUUUGCCAACCCUUCUCUAGCUUGUGACCCAUCUGUUAAAUACCUUCAUUUACUGAGUUAUUUCCUUGGUGCAGGAUGUUCUCACUGUAGAUACUGUAAGAUGUUAUCACAAAACUACUCUAAUGAUUCAGAUUUCCUCUGGAGACACCCUGCUCCCCAUUUCAAAGCAAUCUUGAAAUAUCUUGGCUUAUAUUAGUUAAGUUAAGUUAUCUUAUCUCUAUCUUAUAUUUUAUUCUGUUUGUUUUAUAAGACAGAAAACAUAGGAUCACAGCCUUCCUGGGCAUAGUCUAAUAUUUUUAUGGUAAGAAGGUCUCAACUUCACUCCUUUGCUUUUGUCUAACUGAGAACAGAUAAUAAAACUAAAGCUGCUGUUUCAACUCAGUUAAUUACCAAGGGAGCACCUGUUCUUGUUUUAUUAUCAGGGGUAGGGAUUAGCUCAGUUGUUUAUAUGUGCAGUUCAUAAAAAGGUUUUCUAAUAAUGAUUUCUGUAUACUGGAAUUCUUUGGCAGAUCUGUACAAACUCACUGCAGAGUUACUUGGUGAAGGAUCAUAUGCCAAAGUUCAGGGAGCAGUUAGCUUGCAGAAUGGGAAAGAAUAUGCAGUUAAGGUAAGUAAAGUACUCCAGUAUUAUUUUCAUUCAUUAAAGGUCUUCGCUGCCUGAAAUUGUUCUUCACAGAUGCUGCUGUGCUAAUGUAUUCUGUCAUAAAUCAUUGAUAUUGCUAACAUCAUGGAAUUUAGAUUCAGGUAGGUCUGUGUUGGUCUGACACAGUCAAAAUAAAUAAAAUAAAAUAAAAUAAAAUUGUCCAGUAGUACCUUGUUGUUGUUGUUUAGUCGUUUAGUCAUAUCUGACUCUUUGUGACCCCAUGGACCAGAGCACACCAGGCACUCCUGUCUUUCACUGCCUCCCGCAGUUUGGUCAAACUCAUGUUGGUAGCUUUGAGAACACUGUCCAACCAUCUCGUCCUCUGUUGUCCCCUUCUCCUUGUGCCCUCAAUCUUUCCCAGCUUCAGGGUCUAUUCCAGGGAGUUUUCUCUUCUCAUGAGGUGGCCAAAGUAUUGGAGCCUCAGCUUCAGGAUCUGUCCUUCCAGUGAGCACUCAGGGCUGAUUUCCCUCAGAAUGGAUAGGUUUGAUCUUCUUGCAGUCCAUGGGACUCUCAAGAGUCUCCUCCAGCACCAUAAUUCAAAAGCAUUGAUUUUUCGGCGAUCAGCCUUCCAUACAUCACUACUGGGAAAACCAGUAGUACCUUAUAGACCAACUAAGUUUGUUCUGGUAUAAACUUUCAUGUGCAUGCACACUUCUUUAUUGAAUUUAGUUCUUAGAUUUCUGAUUCUUUAAACCAUGGUAUGGGGGAUUGUGAAUGAGCCCUGUGCUUGUGCAAUACCUCUUCCUACUUUGCCUACUUUGCUUAGUUUAAUGAGUAUUGUCCUAGCUUGAUCAAGCCAUUGUUGCCUCUAAACUGGAAAACUAUGGUUUGGUCAAACAAAGUAGAUUGUCUUUUAGCUGAGUGUGUGAGGAGGGAGCAUGCAAGAACAAAACUCUUCCCCUCUUGUUAGACCAUGGUUUUGAGGAUUGGAAUUGUCUGAUUCAUCCCAGUAAAUUAUUAACAGAUGGAAGCGGCUUCAGAGAGGCAUAUUUUCCAUUGUGAAAAUACAUUUAUUUUGUCCGAUCAAAUAGGCUGUGCUAGUUUUCCAAACAAUACAGAAGCCUGCUCACCAAGGGCAAAACUGAAAGAGGGAAAGCUGGUUGUAGUGUGUAUGCUCAUCCGAAACAAUCUACAAAUCUUUGAGAAAACAGUGGUCAAUUUCCAGUUUAAAAUAAAGCUUGCUUUCUAUCCUAUGUUAACUAAAUAUUAAAUAAUCAUUCAGAAAGUCUUAUCCCAAACAUUUGCACUAAUAUAGGCACAUUACUUUUUAAAUCUACAGCCAUGCAUAUCACAUGAGACUGCAGUGUUUGUGACUGCCAGGACUGUGCCCCAUGCCUUAUCUCCCAUGAUAUUAUCUCCCACUUCCUCUGCUCCUCUUUCUAGGUCGAAAUUUGAUUUUGAGAGGGUUCUAAAUGUCUUCAUUUACUUGUCUUCAUUUCUUGUUGGGAAAUAAAAAUGUUGAAAUAUGAACAACUUUAUUCAACGUCGCUAAUUUUAUUCUUUAACCUUUGGCCAUGACUCAAGAAGGGAGAUGGGUUGCAUUAGAAUUACCAAAGCAGAAGUUUUGUCAAUUUUCAGUGAGAGAUGGGCAGAGCAAUCCUAGUUCCCAGUCAGUGCUGCUGGAGGGGUUACAGCCUUUCUCAACCUUGGGUCCCCAGAUGUUUUUGGCCUACAACUCCCAUCAUCCCUGACCACUGGUCCUGUGAGCUAGGGAUCAUGGGAGUUGUAAGCCAAAACAUCUGGGGACUCAAGGUUGAGAAAGGCUGGUUUAGGAUGAGACAGAGGUGUUUCUUGGCUGUGUUCUACUGCUGUGGAUCUUCCCACUGUGCCCAGCAAAAGUGCAGUAGGCUACAUGCUACUGCCAGCAGUGUUUCCUGCAGUGGUAGCCAUUGUAAGAUCUUGAAAUGGAAACAGGGCAUUAUGGGGGCUUGGUGGAUGUGGAACAUGCAAAAACUGUAUCAUGCCAGUAAACAUCUGUUAUCAAACACAAAGCAAAGAGUGCCUAAUAUUUAUAUGGACACUUUUUUUGAAAGCUGACAGAUACUAACAGUAGCUGCUCAGCAUGAUGUUUCUUGUUUUUUUAAAAAAAAACACACUGGCUUUUGUUUUUAUAACAGAUAAUUGAGAAGAACGCUGGGCAUAGUCGUAGUCGGGUAUUUCGGGAAGUGGAGACAUUGUAUCAGUGUCAAGGUAACAAGUAAGUAAUUGUUACAGCAUUUAACAAUACAGUUAUGAGUUUUAAGUCUUUAGUGUAAUCAUGUAUUGGAUGUGACAUUGCUUUGAACCCAAAACAGUGUAGUUCACUUAGUGAAACUUGGAAAUGUGAACAGUUACACUGUUUUUAUGUUGAUUAGAGCACUCCUCCAUGUUUAGCAGAAAAUGCUACCAAAAUAUUAAACACAUUUCCCAAUGAUACCUUUUUGUUGGGUACUCCAUAAAUAUUUUGGCUUUAAUUAUACAGAACAACAAAUUUAACAAAACUGCCUUUUUGUGUUUUUUUUUUAAGGAACAUUUUGGAAUUAAUAGAAUUUUUUGAAGAUAAUGCAAGGUACUACCUUGUCUUUGAAAAACUGCACGGAGGUAUGUGUGUACGUGAUUUAUUUAAUCUUCUUGUAAUAAAUUAGCUUGAUAAAGAUAGAAUUGUUUCCCCCCAAUGUGGGUGGGCUAUUUUGUGUGGAAAAGGGUUCAGGUUCAUUCCCUGGCGUUUCCAGCUAAGGCUAGGAAGGACUGCUAACUGAAACCCUGGAAAGCUGCUACUGGUCAGAAUUGAGACUUGGGAAAUGUGUUUCCUGUGAUAAUGCAUGCUUCUCUUACAUCAGGGCUUGCAUUUAGUGCAUAACUGUCCCAUCACUGCCGCUUGUGUAAUGGGACUUCCUCCUUCUCCCCUUGUGUGCCCCCUAAAUAUGUUAUGCAUCCCCCCCUCCAACACUCCAGAGUAGAUUUGGGGAUGGUGCAGCACAUGUGUGGGGUGGGGAAUCCCAUGGCACAAGCAGAAAUAUUUGCGCCAAUGGGAUAAUUACCUAGCACUGCAUUAGAAACAAGCCAAGACAGUGGAUACUGAUGUGUUUGGCACAUUCUUGUGUAAAGACAAUUUUAUUCCAUUGGACAUUAUCCUGAUUUGAGCUCUUGGAUGUUCUGAUUACUGCUUUGCUUGUAAAAGAGAUCUUGCAUUUUAUUAUCUACAGUUCUUUUGAUCGCAUAUAUUGAGUGUACCUCAGCACAGAAGCUGGGGUAGAAAUUAUUUUAAAAAUACUUCUUCAGAGGUAUCAUUGUCAACAUUUAUUAAAGAAAAUGAACUCACAAUAUCUGGGUUUGGGAACUGAAGAUAAUGUUGGUUUAUAUAAAGUGGAUUUGCUGGGUGUUAUGUUGAGUAAUUUUCUAUAUAUAGCUGACAGAUGAAGAAUUGGAGGUUCUCUUUUCUUUUUCUUUCCAUUUUUUCUUUUUUCUUCAUCUUUUUCUUCUCUCUCUCUCUCUCUCUCUCUCUCUCUCUCUCUUUGUGUGUUUUAAUCAAGAUUAGCUUUUUAGUUUUGAUUAAAAGAUAUCUGACAUUCAUCUUUGUAUUUCCCCGCAAAUUUUAAUAAUCUAUUUAAAAAAAAAACACCUCUUCAAUUUUUUUUGACAUGUUGAAGCUGCAUAGUAUCUACAUAGCUGGUGUGUGUGUGUGUCACAUGUGACCUUUGGGGGCAGUUAUUUUAAAGGGAGGAUGAGCACAUAGUCUUAGUAUUCAUGUAACUGGAAACCUAUUAAAAGAACGUGUAAAUGGUUUCAGAAUUCUAACUGCAAUAUACAUUGACUCAAGCUUCUCAAUAGUAGUAGUAGGAAUGAUGGUGAUGAUGAUGAGUAGUUAGUAUUUUCCCCUGUUUAGUCAUUGGACAACGGAUGUAAAUCUGGUUUUUAAAUAACUAUUUUUUCAUACUGAAACUUUUAACAGGCAUGUAAAGCUUUACCCAUCAAAUGAGAUCAUAAUAGUCGCUUGUAUAAUUACAAGUUGUUACAGACUUCUCUGUGGAUAAAUGAAUAGACAAGUGUAUAGGACAAAUCUGAGAACUUGAUUCAUAAGAACAUCUUAAUCUGUCACCUCCUACAGAGGCUUUGCCUGAUUUUCUUAACAUGCUGAAAAUCUAUCAAUAAAAGCCCAUGCUCUGUUCCAGGAAGCUUCAAGUCUGGAAUGUUUGUUGGCAGGAUCCUGAACUCAUUCAGGAAAUUGUGCUCACAACUCAUAGUGAAAAUUUGAAUAUUAUCGUGUAGCACUCUGGGGAGGGAGACAUUGCUUUUGAACACUAGAGCAAGCUGCUGUACUAAGCCAUUAAAAUAGAUUAAUUAAUGAACCAUUGCUUCCCCCUGCAAAUAGCUGGAAGUCCACAAAAUGUCGCUGGUCCUGGUGGUUAGUUCUUGAGUCCUUUGGAUGCUUGUUUCACACUGGAUGUCUGCGACAUCACCUCUGAAAAUUGUUUUCUGUGCUUACAGAUUAGCAGUUGGCAUUUUGCCAGUUUUCCAUUAAUGCCGAUAGGAUGUUAAGGGCACAGAACUGGGUUAGCCUAAUGGAGAGGCCUUCAAAAACCCAGACUAUUUUAUGUUAUUUGCUGGUUAGAUGUGUGUUUACUUGCGGGGAACAGGCAGGGGGAAAGAACUUGAAUGCAUGAAUUUCAAAAUCGCAGGAACAAACAUAUGAGCUCUUGGCCUUGUGCCUCUCUGAAGUUAGCAUGUUCCAAAACUCAGUGAAGUCUAUUCUACAUUACUGUUUAAAAAUUUGCUUUGGCAAACUCUAUAACUAGAUUUAUCACUUUAUGGAUCGUAUCCUCCCUCUACUUCAAGGCCACUUUGGCAGAGAUAAUCCAAGCCCUUUUUGUGCCAGGCUUGGGGGGCUAUAUUGGGAAGAGGAUUCCUUCCUCCCAGCCCUGCUGGCCCCUGUUGGCCUGCUGCCACCUGGGGAGUAAUGCCAGCAUCACUGCGGACCCAGAGCUCCCCUUCCACCCACCAAACAUGCUAGCAGACAGAAGUGCGACUGGUACCAAACACCAGAAACCGCAAAGUGGGGCUUUCCAAGGUGAGGGCAGGGCUGAGCCAAACCAGAAUCCAUUGGGUUCUGAGUUGGCUCUCCCGAGAUGUGCCAAUUGCUGAAUGCCACUCCCCACAACUUCACCCUGGCCGCUGUGCAACAGCUUUAGGCAAGGUGCAGCCAUUUGCUUCAGGUGGCGGAUCCAGCACCCGCCCCCCACCCCCAUGCUGCCAACACAGCCCUGUUACUCUCAUCACUGCUACUGUGCCCUUGCCACCAUGCUGUGGUGGCAGCGCAUGUGCAGCUGCAGGUGAGGGUACAGUUGUGGUGAUGAGGCUGACAGCAGUGUGGGGGCAGAGACACAGCAGAGUGGGGAACUAGAUCUGUAGCAGGGUGUGGUGGGGGCUGUUCUGUCUACAGUGGCACAAUGUCUCGAGCCAACCCUGGCAGCGGAUGGGGUUGUGGCCUUUUUACUCCGCAAAGCACUUCUAGGAAAAGUUGGGUUUCUUCUUAUGGUGCACAUGUACCAGGGCGAUACAUACCUAAAGUCAGAUUGGAUUUCUUCUUAUAAGAAGAGUUUGGUGCAUUCUGGCAGCUAGAACAGUUAAACGAUAGUAACGUGCUCAGGAUUUGUCGAGCCUGUGGUUUUGGGAAAUGUACAGAGGGGUAGAGACAAAGGGGGUGGGGAAUCUGCUUCUUCCGUGCUGUGACAAGGAUCAUAAAGAACUUCACAUCAAGUGGUUUUGAGUAUUCCCCAAAUGCAUGGGAGGGCUUUUCCUAAAUUCCAGCCAAGCCCUCUCCCAGGGAUGAUGGGAAUUGUGCUCCAGCAACAUCUUGAGGGCAACAGGCUCCUUGCCCCUGUAGUAUAUGCACUUAGAUUUGGAAUAAGUCCUAUUGAAUUUAGGAUUUGCUUCUGAAAAAAUCAUGCAUAGGUCAAGCGGUGUGUUCUCUAUUAUAGAGCUGUGAAAUUGUUGGCUGCUAAAAGCAAAUACUUUACCAUAGUUACCUUUGACCCUGUUCAUGUUGAGAAGAGAACCGUGCUAUUCAACUUGAAUCUUAGCAUGUGUGUUCACACUACAUAGUCUGUUGGAUGCUUUGAGUCUAGCAUAGUUUGCUUUCAAGUCACACUGUAUUUUUCAAAGCACCUGCUUGCCUUUUUCUCCACAGGUUCUAUCCUGGCCCACAUACAAAAGCAAAAACACUUUAAUGAGAGAGAAGCCAGCAGGGUGGUGAGAGACAUCGCCUGUGCUCUGGAUUUCCUCCACACAAAAGGUGAAAAUGCGUUUCCUCCAUUUUACAGGCUCAUUAGCCAGCAGUGUUCAAGCCAGACAAGGUCUGCUAACAUAAAUACAAGAUCAGCGUGAAAAGCAGGGCAUUUCUGUGAUUUACUCCCUUUCUCCCCACAUGUGACAUGCCAACUAGCGCUGGCUGUUGGCUUUGUGCCACAGUGUUUGUGAUUAGCAAGAAUUGGUUGACACGGUGAUUCAGGGUACAUGUCAUUUGCAAAAGCCUACUGGUAUUUGGAGAUGAUGACUAGUAUCCAUUCUGCACUUAAAGGUAACUAUUGUGUCUGGUAGCCAAAUAGGUUUGGGCUUUAUGAAGGAAGCUGGUUGUUUGAUCAAGCUCUUGAGUUAGGGAUAAUGAGCAAAUUAAGGUUGAUAAAUACUUCUGCAAGCUAACUGCUUUUUUUGCAGUAGGCUUUUAAAAGUUUAAGGCUCCAGUUCAUUACUACAAAUGUUCCUGAGAGCAGGUAUCAAGGGUUUAGUGAUAAAUGUAAGCUAUAUGCAUCUGGUUCUGGAGUGGCAGAGGACCUGCCAUGUUCAUUUGUUGUGGGAACUGCCUGCAGUGCCCCCAAAAUCACUUUGCUAUCAUUUUGCCCGUGUAAAAUAAGUGUCAAUGAGAGUGUUGCUGCAGGAAUCAUAAAGCAAAUUAUACAUUUUUCUACAAUUUUAAGCAUGGUUUUCAGAUUCCUGCAUUUUAUUAGGAUUGGAUCUUUCCAGGGUUAGAUUUAGUUCCCAUUGAUUUGAAUGGAAACUUAAGUAGAAGUAACUGUCUGGAUUCAUCCCUUAGUAAUAGUAGUUUGGUUUUGCUAUACUGAUAUUAUUUGGGUGUGUCUUAUGCAUGGCCAGUAAUUUAUGCAUUUUUUUCCUUUUAAGAAAUCUGACAUUACGUCACAAAUGAGCAGCUGUUAAUUUCCAGGCAAGCAGUUUAAUUUCAGAGAAACUGGUGUGAGAACCAUCUCCAUCCAAUCAUUCAUGCCAGAAAUUUUAAUUUUGCUCUUUUAGAUCUCCAGAAUAUUCUUUUUAUGCUAAAUUAAAAGUUAAAAGCCAAGUAAAAGCUAAAAGAAAGAUUGAGGGGGUUUUCUUACUCAUAAUUUGAUUAAAAACUGAUGUAACUACUUUGGUAUGUUGUUUUCUGGUACCACCAUAGCAACAACUUACCAGUGUGCUUUGAAGGUGGCAGAAUUCCAUUUGAGGGCUUAGAAUUGGAGGGGCUUGAAUGGCUAGUCUGCAGGAGAAAUUGAUUUGUGGAAAUAGCAUUGCUGAGUUGAAUAGCUUGACUUGAGAUGGAGAAAGUGAAAACAAAUACUGAAGCAGAGAUGUUUUGUUUAGAGUGGUUAAGGACUGAAGCUUGGAGUCAAACACAAGUUGGGUGGACUUGAGGUGAAAACAGAAGAUGAAGCUAUUGGUUGUAAUCUGCACUGAAUAAUUGUUGGUAAUGACUUAAUGAGGUGUAACAGGGCUAUGAAGACAUCCUUUGUUUCUUGAAGUAUAUAUAGGGGGGGAUGUCUGCCUGCCUACGCAAACUAAAUUUGUAUUAUUAGCUUCUAUCUGAAACCACUGAGAGGUCAUUGGCAUUUUGGCAGUGGUGUCUGUGUGUGUGCUAUCCUCAGAAUGUUGAUGACAUAUAGCUCUAGUUCUCCUUUCUAUUUGACUCCAGGGGAGCAGUGAAAGUCCUAAAUCAGUGCAUGAUAUCUUUAAACAACACAGAGGGUUUAACUUGGCGGUGACAACUAGGAAGGAGUCCCAAGGUCACGGUGAAUGACUCGGUGACAAUGCUGGUCCAGUGUGUGGCAGCUGUGAAAACAGAGAAAUCUAUGUUGGUCCAGUGUGUGGCAGCUGUGAAAACAGAGAAAUCUAUGUUAGGGACCAUUAGGAAAUGGACUGAAAAUAAAGCUGCCAGUACUAUAUUGUAUUAUGUGAACCUGAGUGCUUUGUAUAGUUCUGAAUGAAUAUUGCAGAGCUGGAAAGGGUUCAGGAGAGGGCAACCAAGAUGAUAAAAGGGUUUGAGCAACUCACCUCUAAGGAAAUAUUACAGUGUUUGGUGCAUUAUCGUUUAGGAAAAAAAGUUGAGUAUGGGGGAGGGAUGAUUGAUAUGCAUAAGAUCAGGUAUGAUGUGAAGAAAGUAGGCAGAGAGUUGUUUUUCUCUGUCUCAUAAGAUCCCGGGGCCACCCAAGGAAGCUGAAUGUUGGAGCAUUCAAGAAAGACAAAAGGAAGUAUUUCACACAACACACAAAUAAACGGUGGAAUUAGCUACCAGAAGAUACCGUGAUAGCCACUGAUUCAGACAGAUUUGAAAAGGGAUUGGACAAAUUCAUGACGGAUAAGACUUCUAGUGGCUCCAGAAUUGGAGGCAGUGUGCCUCUGAGUACCAGUUGCUGGCGUCAUGAACAGGAGAGGGCUGUUGCCCCUGUGUCUUGGUUGCAGCCGUCCCACAGGCAUCUUGUUGUCCACUGUGAGAACAGAACGUUGGACUAGAUGCUCCUUUGGCCUGAUCCAGCAGGCUCUUCUUAUGUUCUCAUCCAGCAAGUUGAAGCUUAAUUCUCAGACUGAAGCUUCAUCCAGAUGAGAUGGAGGUGGAAAUAUUGUGAAGCCAAUCUGGAAGAAAGUGUUUGACACGUUCUAGGUGUUUGAGGGAACUGUGUUUAGUCUGCAAAAAGAGCAAAGAGUCUUAGGGUACCUUAAAGACUAACAGAUUCCAUAUGACGUAAGCUUUUGUAAACUAGACAGACAAGUGGCUGCAGCCAGGGGCACUUCUUCUCAUCUUCAACUGGUGUAUCAACUGCAGCUUUUCCUAGAAAAGGCUGACCUUGCCACAGUUACACAUUCAUUGGUUGCUUUGAAAUUAGACACACUCUUUUUGGGUUUGCCUUUCGAAAGGGUCCAGAAAUUUCAGUUGAAACAAAAUGUUAUUGGGAGCUCAGUCCUAUGAAAGUAUUGCACCAAUAGGAGUCUUAACAACAUCCAGGGUAUCAGGGCAGGGAGGAAGCACAGGUCCCAUAUCAUUGCCCUAAAUGGUUUUAGACUCGGAUGGUUUGAGGGAUUGUGUACAUAAUUGCACACAGAGGUCAUUAAAAGAGGCUUUCUACCAUACCUCUGCUGUAUUGGAUCUUCUCAUUAGGAGCAUUCAGAGUACGGAAUUCACUGUUCCAGGCAUGCUUCUCCACUUCUUUCAGCGUGUAGAGAUAGCCGGUUAAAAAGAUUACAUUUCAAUAUUUUAUGGUGCUGUUCAAUGUUUUGUAGUUUUAUUGUGUUUUAUUCUUAAAUCGAUACUAAGCCAUAGGGAGGCUGUGAUUUCAGUGGAAGAUGUAGGGUAUAAAUAUUUUAUAUAAACCAAAUAGUGAGCUAGGAGUAGUAUGAAUGCUUGCUGUUUGCGAAUUCUGUGGCUUGUUUCUUUGUAAACUGUCCAUGGAGCUUGCUGCUCACUGGAGGAGAGAAAUGGCAAGAGCAGUGAUGCCCUGCAAAAGACUUUACAUGCAGAGCUGUUAAAAUUAUGUUUUGGGAAAGAAGCUAUGCAGUGGGAAUACGUGUUUCUGGAAUCAUCUACUGCCAUAUCUCUUGAUUUUUGUCAUUUAGUUUAUGGUUCCACUGUGUACUAUUAACAUCUUUAUUAAACAAUAGCAUGCACAAUAUUAAACAGGAAACUGAAGCAAUCGUUGCAAUUCAGCACUUAAUCAUUUUGCUGUUUAAAAUUAUAGAAAUCUCAGAAGGUGAGAGAGGCUUGUUUUUCAUCACCUUGCUGCAGUAGAAAGCUUGUUUUUUCCCCCUUGCUGCUUUUUAGAUGUAAGACACUGUAUUAGUGUUGUGCAGAAAGUUCCAAAAUAAACUUUUUUUUCAGUACAUAUUUUUCUUAAACAUCUGAACAGUGCUACAUACUUUAUACAACAUGAGGAUUUCCUGUGGCGGGUUCAAGCCUCCCAGCAAAGCCCCUUUCUAUUUAAUUUAGUGUCUUGAAAACUACUGCAGCAUGGCUCUUUUCCAUGCUGCUUGGAAAUGUCAGAAGCCUCUGGUCACACGGAAGGAGAUGAUGCCCUGUCCUCAUCUUACAUUGGCACUGCCCUUCUCAGAAAUAUGAUCAGUGCUGGCAGGGGAAGGAGGCAUGGCGUGGGCUCCAUCCCCAUGUGACUGUGGCCAUUUAGGGCUGCUCAACCUGGCUGACUGUACCCUAGUAUCCUGGUUUGGCACACAGUGCAGCUUGCAACCUGCUUGAUUACAGCUUCAGCCUGUAUGUUAACACCAAGAAGCAAAUGCCGUUCUUUUCUUUUAAGUUUGACACAACUCACUUCUUCUUGUUUUAUAUGUUAGGUAUUGCUCACCGAGACCUAAAACCUGAAAACAUAUUGUGCGAAUCUCCCAGUAAGGUACAUCAUUCUUUUGUGAUACCCUUUUGGUUGUUGUUAGGUGGAUUUCAGGGUUGAGUGAAUUAGUUUCUGGUUUUUCUCCUUCCCUCGUUUCAGGUGUCGCCAGUGAGAAUUUGUGACUUUGACCUUGGAAGUGGGGUGAAACUCAACAGCGCAUGUACUCCAAUCACUACUCCUGAGUUGACCACUCCAGUAUGUAGACUACUGUGUAUUAGCUAUCCUCUUGAAAUGCAGGGAGAAGGAUGGGCAUCUUAUCUGCGACACUUAAUCUUUUGUGCCCCAAAGUUGCACAAAUGUGCAUAGUAAUCAAGUUGCAGUUCAGCAGAAUUGCUGAAGGUGGAACUUCAGACAUGUUGGUUGAGUGUACUCCAGUCUCUUGCAGAUAUCGUAUGGUUGGUGCCCCGACAACUUCAUAUUUUUUAAAGGGCACUCAAAGUAAACUAGUCUUUUGAAGGGCAAUUGUUCUUAAGUUAUGUGAAGUGUGUAUAGCAAAUCUCACCCAACCUUCAAAUCUGCAUGCUCAAUUUUUGCAACUAAAAGAGACAAUUUCCUACAUAGUAAUAGUGCUCCAGCCCUAGUUCUAGUAUGUAUGAUGUUGCACAAAGUCUGACUUCAAAAGAGGUGCUUGACAGGUGUCUUACAUGUGUUUCCUUUCUCCCUCUCCCUCCAAUCUCUGCAAAGAAAUGUAACAUCACAUUCAUGAGAUCUGCUUCCAGUUUAUGGGACCAAACUGCCACCCAGCCAUUUGCGUGAGGGCCUCUGGGUCACAAGACUGGCAUAUGUGGCUGGUAGCAUGCAAAAAUGACACAUUGUGGAGAAGGACUUAAAUGCUGCAUAGGAGAAUAGGAAGCUGCAUUAGACCAAGUCAGACUUUUGGCCUAUCUAGCUCAGUCUUGCCCUCACAAGAAGUAGCCAACAAUGGUGCCCCUCCAGAUGCUUUUAGACUACAACAUCCAUCAUACUUUAUCUUUAGUCGCGGUGGCCAAGGCUCAUGGGAAUUGUAGUUCAAUAACAUCUCUGGAAGGCACCGUGUUGGCUACCCCUGGUCUGCACUCACUGGUAGCAGUUCUCCAGAAUUCAGGAUGGAGACUUUUUGCAGUCUCACCUGGUGAUGCCAGGGAUCAAAUUUGCAUAUGUAACCCGUGUGCUGUACCAUGGAGACUAUGGCGCUUCCUCAAGCCAACGCUCAGGGCUGUAUUUAAUUGGUAGACAUGGGCAUGUGGGAAGUUUCUGCUGCAGCAUAACACAGUUUUACUGGAGGCAAGUUAACCAAUCAUUAACAUUAUAUUGAUAAUGCUAAUAUUUCACCAUCCUUUUAGGGGAAUAUUGAUUUUAAGGGUUUAAGAGAACCAGCUGCAAAAUGAACGUGUUUGAUCUGAAAGGCAUUAACUUCGUUAGUAUUAAAUAAUAUAUGUGUUAAUAUAGCACCACCAAUGUGUUGGGUGUUUUAACAAAAAGAAAGGCCUUGAGGAACUUGCAAUCUAAAGUUUGAUAUGGGAUAAAAUAGAGGGAAAGGGAGAAAGUUAUAAAUUUGGGUAAACAUGGGGGGGCAGUGAAUAUGCAUUCAAUUACAUUUCAGCAUAUGGCUUCACAGAAUCAGUGGUAUUGAAUGAGGGGGGGGAGGGAGGGAGGGAGACAGAACGAGCAAGCUGUUUGGGGAGGUUGUUCCAGACAUAAUGGGCAUGAAAGAAGAAUGAGUGGAAUGAUUUAAGGGAGCAGGAAACCUGAAAAAAAUGUAGAAUUGCGGAAGCAAAUAUAUAUACACUUCAUAUUUGCAAGUCCAAAGUAUUGCAAGAAUAGAUUAUGUCACCACAUUAACAAUUUCUUACUGUGCAGAAAUAGUCUAAAAUUGUGCUUUUUCAAAUACCAAUGUGGUGUGAAAUAAUUGUAUUCACACUUUCGUACACUGCCCUGGUUUAUCUGUUGAUAAAGGGCAGUUAAGCAAUAUUUUUAAUGAAUAAUUACUGAAAUAGCUAAGAAUUAAAAUUCUUCAUGAUAUCAUUUGCUUCUGCAUAAGUCUUGCUGUUGCCCAGCAACUGUUCAGUAUUUUAUUGCCAGAGUUGUGGGUGGCAAACCAGCAAUCUCAUGCUUAUUUGCAAGGAGUAUGAAAUUUGCCAUGAGUGAAAAUCAUUGGUUUUGAAUGUGUUGGCUUGGUAAUGUGUUAUGAGUGUGAAUUAGACUUAUGCUACAGAUUUGUUCCUGGUGUUUUGGAGUCUGCGUUUGCCUGCCUUGGAGUGAGUGAUUUGCAGUAGGUUGAAUUUUCAGAUUGUUAACCAUCUGCAUCUGUGGUAAAGUAGGUGGUUAACAGGGCAAGUACUGAGUACUUAGUUCCCUCCUGACCACUGUCCUAGCAUCCACCUAUCACCUGGCCAUUACAGUGGUACCUCGCAAGACAAAUGCCUCGCAAGACGAAAAACUCGCAAGACGAAAGAGUUUUUCGUUUUUUUGAGUUGCUUCGCAAGACGAAUUUCCCUAUGGGCUUGCUUCACAAGACGAAAAACGAAAAAAAAUGAAAACGUCUUGCAAGUUUGUUUCCUUUUUCUUAAAACCGUUAAUACCCAGGGUGACUUCGAGGAGCAACUCAUAGCACGCGGUGUGGUAGCCUUUUUUGAGGUUUUUGAAGACUUUGGUGAUUUUGAAGACUUUGGGAAACCGUGCUUCGCAAGACGAAAAAUUCACAAGACGAAAAAACUCGCAGAACGAAUUAAUUUCGUCUUGCGAGGCACCACUGUAUCUUGCCUUGGAUUUCCUCAACGAUGCAUUCAAAAGUAUCAGUAGAAGAACUCCCUAUGCUGGGUUUAUACUCUGCCAGCUUUGUAUGAAAAGGUUAGAUGUUCAGAGAGCAAUGAGGUUUCAACAGUUUUGUGAAAAAUAAUAAUCUAAUGUAGUAACAUUAAAAAAAUUAUGUAUUAAAAUGGUCUAAAAACAGCAACCACCAAGCAGAGGAGCAUCUAUUGAUCAGUAUGUUUUAGAUGCUCCUUUGGAAACAAAAGACCUGGUGCAGUUAGCAGAAGUUUUUCUGUCACUUUCAUUUGGCUUGGUUUUUGUUUCUGUCUUAACUCUCUCAUAUGUGCUUUGCUAGUGUGGUUCUGCAGAGUACAUGGCCCCCGAGGUGGUGGAAGUCUUCACAGAAGAAGCCACAUUCUACGACAAGCGCUGUGAUUUGUGGAGCCUGGGUGUGAUCUUGUAUAUCAUGCUCAGCGGGUACCCACCGUUUGUGGGGAACUGUGGCGCAGACUGCGGCUGGGACAGGGGAGAAGCCUGCAAAACUUGCCAGGUAACUAGAGAAGUAUGUUGGGCAUGUGUGGAGGAAGGUAGCAGCAAUUUCCACCUCUGCACAUCUUCAGAAGUGAUUUGAUUGGAGAAGGGCUAUAUGUUGUUGCCCUCGAGACAUGCAGAGUUCCAUUCUAAAGCUGUGUUAGCAAAUACUGUUUGCUGCCCAUAGCUCCUUUGUCGCAAAGGGGUGGGAUAUGGAUUCAAUUAAUAAAGACUAGCAAUGCUAGUCUUCCAUCAAAAUUCAGGAAUAUAGGGCUGUAAGGAUUUUAAGGUGACUUGGGUCAUUCUGUAAAAGGUUGGAAAUGAAAGUUUUAAGUCGUCAGCUUCUGUCAACGUAGUAUAUUUAUAUGUGUGUGUGUGUGUUUAUUCUAGAGCAAGCUGUUUGAGAGUAUCCAGGAAGGCAAGUAUGAGUUUCCUGAAAAGGACUGGUCUCAUAUUUCCAGUGAUGCUAAGGAUCUCAUCUCAAAGUUACUGGUCCGGGAUGCCAAGGAGAGGCUUAGUGCCGCUCAGGUUCUACAGCAUCCAUGGGUACAAGGUGUAAGUACAAGGUGUAAGCCUUUCAACAACAUUUAUUUAUAUAGCAUCAGUAAUAAGCGCAGGUUUCUGCACAGGAUAUAUCUUUGUCAUGUACUAGGCUAUAAAAGUGAAUAGUGGUUGAGCCUUGAGCCACGUGGCUCAUGUUUUAGCAGCCGCUAGUAAAGGCCUAAAUUAUUUCCAUGCAUCCUCAAUAUCUCCACCGUAGCCUGAAUGGGGAUUUUAGCGCGAGACUAAUUCUAGGUUCAAUUUAGGAAGAACCAGGUUCUCCUUAUGUUGAUAUGGGCAAAAUGCAAAGUCUUACGUAUUUUGUUCUUGUGAUCUCUCUAUUUCUAUGUUCAUUGCCUGUAUCAGACUAUCUAAUUCACCUGAAAUUUUAUCUGUUUAUAAAUGGUCAUUCCAUAUAGUGAACUCUGUAAGGAUCCAUUUUUCUGCUAAGGAUCCUCAACUAAUCUCGUAUCAUUUCCAUUGUGUGCAGCAUGCUUCUGAGAGAGGACUGCCUACGCCACAGGUUCUCCAAAGGUAACCUUUCCUGAGCUUCUCACACAACUAGAUGAAAGGGUGGUUGUCGGGUGGAUCCAAUCAAAUCAGGGGAGUUUAGGGACAAAGUAGUGGGCUGCAUUAGUCAGAAGAGCUCUUUGCCAAGAGCACGUGACUUCCAUUGUCUGAAGGACUACCCCUUACUGUGGUUCUUACUUUAUUUGGAAAUUAAUCACAGAACUUAACUUAGUUAUGUAUAAGAGAGGCAGUGAAGAGACAACCUGUGCCUUUCUGCCAGCUUUAAGGCCUCAACUGAAAUUUUCCUUCCCCACCUACAGGAACAGCAGCACGAAAGAGCUGACUCUCUUUGCAGCUGAGGCCAUUGCCCUGAACCGUCAGCUCUCCCAGCACGAGAAUCAGCUCAGUGAAGAGCAAGAGAGCAUCACCCAGGCCCUCUGCUCCAUGAAGCUUUCUCCCCCCUCCAAAUCCCGCCUUGCCAAACGCAGAGCCAUGGCUCAGGCCACGAAAAGCAGCGACUUCCAGCCUGCCCCUCAUGCAGCCCUUUGA